CCUCCAAAAGAUAAUUUCGAGAUAACGUUCAAUUCAAGUUUUGAUCCCUGAACUAAGCAAUUGAACUAUCUUCAAAACUUUAAAUUAAAAUUUUAAAAAAUGUGUAAAGUUAAUAAAAGGCUACAGUAUUCAAUUAUCCUUAACUCAAUAAUGAUGUGGUCAUGGUGCUAGUUUUGUUAAUAAAAUAUGAAAUUGGGCAUAAAUUUUUUUAAAUGAUGCCUAAAGAGCAAUGUUUGAUAAUUUAUUUGUGCUUCUUGUACCUCAUCGGCAUAUAUAUUUUCCUUUAUGGAUUUUUUCCUGAAAGAGUUAUUAGUGCACAUUCCAGUGUAGAAGAUCUUCCAGAAAGAGUUGACGAUUUAAAGUUGGCCCGUAGAGAGUUGUAUAAACAAAGGACACCACGGAUUGUUUUAAUGGUUAUCGAUGCACUCCGGUAUGAUUUUGUUGAUGGGCCUCAGUCUGAGCAAAACAUGCCAUAUUUGUCGAGUCAACUUCGUAACAACUGUCUUCUCAAGGCUAGAGUCGAACCACCCACAGUAACUCUGCCAAGAAUUAAAGCGUUAAUGACUGGGGCGAUAUCUAGCUUUUAUGAUGUGAUAGCCAAUUUUGGCAGUGAAAUACUUAAAGAUGACAACAUUGUUUCACAAGCAAUUUCUUCUGAUCUGAAGGUGGUGUUUUAUGGAGAUGAUACAUGGCUGAAACUAUUUCCAAAUAGUUUUUUGAGGAGUGAAGGCACGGUUUCUUUCUAUGUCAGUGAUUUUUUGGAGGUGGAUGACAACAUAACACGCCAUAUCGAUCAUGAACUUGAAGCAAACGACUGGGAGAUCAUGAUACUCCAUUAUCUUGGGCUUGAUCAUAUUGGUCACAUCGAUGGCCCGUUCAGUCCUCAUGUUAAUCCUAAACUGCUAGAAUUGGAUGGGAUUAUUGCUAAAAUUGACUCAGGGCUGAAGAUAAAAGAUCCUUCGAAUCCGGGCAUCUUGGUGAUAUGCGGCGACCACGGCAUGAAAGACUCGGGUGGACACGGGGGCACUUCGUUGUCCGAAGUGCUGGUACCUUUGGCUCUGCUCAAUUAUAAAUGCGAUCCAAGCUUUAGCCAUGAAGAAGUGAAACAAGUCGAUCUUACACCCUUACUGUCUAUUUUACUCGGUUUGCCCAUUCCAGGCGGAAGUGUUGGAAAAAUUAACAUGAGGAUGCUCUCCGGCCUGGAUAGAAAAACAGCCCUUUAUUCCCUACAUUACAACACACUUAGGAUGUUUGAGCUGUUCAAAACGAGCAAUCCAAUUUCUGGAAUAGAGCAUGAAAUUACAAAAGGAAUACAAUUCUAUAAAAAUUGGGUCUUAAGUAAUUACACAAACAAUGAUUAUUACCCAGCUGCUAUCAGAUUUUCAAAUGCACAAAACGAAAUGUCUUCUGUCAUUAUUAAGAACAGCAUUAGUUUUGACGAUUAUGUUUUGCUGAUUGCAGUUAUUCUAAUAUUACAGGUGGUGCUGUUUAUUUUGGCCUAUAACGCUUUUCUGGAAUUUAAUUUUAAGCAGUUCAGUGGACAAAAUUUCCUGAUUUUCUUGAGUUUUGUGGGGUUUCAUUACUUCUGUUGUAUGAUAAAUGAAUGCGAUUCUAAACUAUGCUCCAUUACUUACAAACACGUCGCUUUAGUUAUUUGUCUUUUUGCGAUUGUGUUCUACAACAUUUUGCUCAUCAGUGCAAAUUUUCCCUAUUCAAAACUAUGGUCCAGGUUGAGGCCAGACACGAUCUAUAUAAUGCUCGGUUUGGUUUUUGUCCUUAACUUGGCAUCCUUAACUUCAAGCAGCUUCAUUGAAGAGGAGCAUCAAUUUUGGUAUUUCGCAGUAACAACACUAUCCCUCUACUUGUUGCCUUCUCGGUAUCUCCUUUUCUCUCUAGUAUUAGCACUUCAGGUAUUUCUGAGGAAGCUGAACCAGACCGGUGAUAAGUGGGCCCAUCUGCCCGACAUCGGCGACUGGUUGAAUUCAACAGACCAUAAACAUUAUCUGACAAUUUAUUAUGUCAUAGGUCUUUGUUUCAUCUACAAAUGCCAAAGAUUCAAGUACAAAAGAAAGAUCGUAGAUUAUUUAGACUGUGUUCUUGCCGUGGGGCAGUUAGUUGCGAUAUUCCUUCAAAAAAUUGCUGUCGGAACGUGUACUUUAGGUUUUGUACAUAAAGAAGCAUCCUUGGGAAUAACAGAAGCAAGGGUGUUUUGGGUGUUGACAUCAAUAAGGACUGCCGUUUUUAUUUAUUUUUAUGAGAAAGAACCUUCUAAGAGAAACAAUGAAAUAUCUGAUAUGAUCUUAAGCAGUUCAAUAUGUGUUCUCACUUUACUAUCCAAAGCUCAUAAUGUAUUUCUUUUCCCUUCAAUACUGCUUUUUUCCAACGCAUUUUCAAAAGUGCAUCCAAAAUGUUCCUACUCACAAGCUUUCUUUCACUUCUGCAUAGGAAGGUUAUUUUACUUCUACCAGGGGAAUUCGAACAGCAUUGCAAAUAUUGACAUAUCCGCCGGCUACAUAGGCCUCGAGGAAUACAACCUCUUCAUAACAGGAUUGUAUGUAGGUCUCAACAUGUAUUCAGGGCAUAUUUUGUCAUUUGUCUUACUCAUAAAGAAAUUAGACAUAAAGGAUAAUCUUUCAGCGAUAAAGAGCUUCUCAACAAUGCUGUUUGUUUCAGCAGUUACAACAUUAUUUUACAUGGUAGUGGUCACAUUUGAGAGAUACCAUCUGUUCAUCUGGUCAGUCUUUGCACCCAAGUUAAUGUUCAUAUGUACACAGGCUGCACUCAUAUCUACAUUGAUUUUCUCAACUGCCUCCUUUUCACUGUUCUUCAAUACAUUUAAUGUGACCACAAAAAAAAUAAUUUAAAUUUUACUUAAAUGCUGUUUCAAUGUUGUAUAAAAUAAAAUUUGUACAUUAUAUAA